AUGAAAUUAUUCAAAAAGAAGAGCAAGACACCACCUAGCACACCUGGCGCACCCAAAGAGCCCGAGAUGGUGUAUAGCAUGACCCCAAGACAUGGCCAUGCUCAAGAUAUCUUUGAUGAGAAUGGUGUGCGUCAAGUGGCAGGCUGUCUGCCCAUUGACCCCAUUCACAAGCGAUUCUUGCUGGUGUCCUCCUCAAGCAAUCCUGGUGCAUGGGUGAUUCCUAAAGGUGGUUGGGAAAAGGACGAGACACAAAAGCAAGCAGCCAUGAGAGAGACAUGGGAGGAAGCAGGUGUAAAAGGCGUCAUUACAAGACAUAUCGGUGUGUUUGCCGAGAAAUCAAAGACGGGUGUGAAAGCGCACCACUGGAUCUAUGAAAUGGAGAUCAAGGAAGUGACCAAGAAGUUCCCAGAGCAAAAGAAGAGAGAACGUCGUUGGUUUACCUAUGACGAAGCUGUGCUUGUAGUGAAGGCAAACUACAUCCACGAUGCACUCAGCAUGUCCAGCCUCAGUCCUCUUGUGCAUCCAAAUCCAGAAUCCCUGCAAACAGACAAAAAGAAGGAGAAAAAGGAAAAGAAAAAGAAGAACAAGGAAGCGGCCAUGGGAGAACAGGUAGACGACGAUGAGAGCGAUGAGGGCAAGAAAAAGGAGAAGAAGGACAAGAAAAAGAAGAAAAAGAAGAACAAGUCUGACGGAGAGGAGGAUUCAGCAGAAGAGGACCCAUUAGUCGAUGAAAAUGGCGUGCCACUGACGGAGGAGCAAAAGGACGCUUUGAAGAAGGAAAAGAAAAAGAACAAGAAGAAGAACAAAAAGAAGGGCGAAAUCACGGAAUUACCAGACGAUGAGUUACCACCUCCACCUUCGUAUGUGAAUGCUACACCUCUGGGUAAAAUGGACAUUACACCACCUGCAAAGAACAGCACACCAGUGGAAGAAGUGUAUAGACCGUUAAACCCCAAUCCCAAUAACGCACACAUGCUAGUGCCUCCGUCUCAACUAUAUCAGCAGCGUCAGGCCAUGCCAUCUCCCUCACAACGUCCGCCUCCACAAGAGCAACACUAUGUACCACAUCAACAGCACCAACCCUACCCUCAACAACCACAGCAACAGCAACAACAUCACCAGCCGUAUCCAAGCGCUGUGAGACCACAACAACAUCAAUUCCCUCCACAUGGCCAAGCAUAUCCUCCUCAUGGACAACCACAACAGCAAUAUCGUCCCACUAAUCAGCCCUUUCCUCCUCACCCUGCUCAAGGUCAUCGUAGCCCUGCACCUCGCCCUCAACAAUAUCCCAUUGCUGCUCAACAUCAACAGCAACUGCCUCGUCCUCAACAUCCACCAUUGCAUCCAGAUUAUCAACGUGCGCCCUCUGGAAAUAUGAAUAAACCAUAG